CCCUUAAGGCAUUUCUCUGAAUAAAUAGGUUCAUAAGUUUGAAAUAAAUAAUUCUAAAAAGAUUUGUCACUAAAACAUUGAUAUGUGUUGUUAAAAUGAAUAAUUCAUGCUUUACAUACGUUUUAGUUAAAAGGAAAAUAUCGCUAGAAUGUAUUUCCUGUUCUGGCGGCGCACUUCCGGUUCUGGUCAAGCACUUCCGGUUUGGGUCAAACACUGUUUUUGCUGAGAAACAGGCUCCUCAUGCAGAAGGCAGCAUGGAGAUGUAAUCAGAUGCCAUCUUCUCUGAAUUAUCAGGCUGGAACGCCUUUCCACCACAUGUUCAUGGAGACAAUUAAACAAGCUGCAACUAAACUCCAGGGUCUUCAUUUGUGGUUUAACUCGGUGUCACCAACAUCCUCGUUGAAAACACUAUAGUGAAAAGGCGGCUACUGAUGAUUCAUCACGGUCAAAAUGGCAUCCAGUAACAAGUCUGCACGCAGUUUAAGGACCAGCCGCUCAUCUGGAUCAGCAGUAAGCGCUGCCCAUGCUCGAGCUAAAGCGGAGGCUGCAAAGGUGAGAGCAUGCUAUGCAACAAAAGAAGCACAGUUAAAGGUUGAAAAAGCUCAAAGUGAACUGGAAAAGGCAAAAAUAGAUGCAGAAUUAGAAGUGUUAACAUUACAGAGGGAAGCUGAUGCUGCUGUAGCUGAAGCAGAAGUGCUAGAGGAAGCUGAAGCAAUACAAGAAGAACCUGAGAGUAGAAAAUCUCCAUCAGAAAGUGUAAAAUUAGAACGUACGAAUGAAUAUGUACGAUCUCAAAUGGACACCAAGCUAUCUCCCAGUCCACGAAAAUUACCAACCACUUCUUGCCCCCAAGCAAGUUCACCCAACACAUUUGUAACGUGGCAUCCCUCUGAAGAAGGCAAUUUAGAGCCACAACCCAUCAACUCUGAAACAAGGCUUACCAAAGAUAAUAUCGCUGCUCUAAAUAAGCCCAGCCAGCUGAAAGGUGGAACAAAACCUAAAGUGGAGAAACAAAACACCUCUCUCAACCCAUGCGGCUCACCAUUCAUACCUCAGCAUGACUGUAACACCACAGCCAGCAUUUUAAAUCCAGCAGAGCCCUUUGCCCAAUACAUGGCACGUCGAGAUUUAAUAAUCUCAGGCCUUUACCAGUUCGACGACAGGCCAGAGAACUACAGAGCAUGGUGCUCUUCGUUUACCAGUGCAACAGCUGAGGUCCAACUCACCCCCAUUCAAGAGUUAGAUCUCAUGACGAAGUGGUUAGGGAGGGAGUCAAGUGAUCAGGUGAAACGCAUACGUUCAGUAUAUGUCAACAACCCCACAUUAGCUCUAUACAAAGCAUGGGAAAGACUGAAUGAAUGUUAUGCAGCAUCAGAAAUAAUCGAAAGGUCACUUUUCCAACGGUUGGACAGUUUCCCAAAAUUAACAGUCAAAGAUCAUGUCAAGCUACGUGAACUAGGAGAUUUACUGCAAGAGAUUCAAGGCGCUAAGGAAGACGGCCAUCUGCCUGGUCUACUCUAUCUGGACACUUCUCGUGGAAUUAGCCCAAUCGUAGACAAACUCCCAUAUGGACUUCAGGAGAGGUGGAUGUCACACGGCUCUCAAUAUAAAGAGAACAACCAAGGCUGUUUCCCACCCUUUGAGUACUUCUGUGAAUUCAUAUGUAAAGAGGCAAAGAAACGCAAUGAUCCAAGUUUCCACCAGCAAAACUUAAAACCAGAAAAACCUUUUGCAAAAAACUUAAAUUCCAGCAAACCAAUUACGGUACACAAAACCAAUAUUUCUCCCCCUAACAAGGACAUUAACCGGAACUGCCCACUGCAUAACAAGCCACACCCGCUCAAAAGAUGCAGAACAUUUAGGAAUAAACCACUGGACGAAAGGAAGGCCUUCCUCAAAGAGAAAGGAAUAUGCUUCAGAUGCUGUUCUUCAGACACUCAUCUUGCGAAGGAAUGCAAAUCUUCUAUAAAGUGUUCUGAAUGUGACAGCACAAGUCACGACGCAGUCAUGCAUCCCGGUCCUCCACCACAGACCAACAAGGCUCUACCUCCGGCACAAGAGAAUGGCGGGGAGAGAGAAAACAGUCACGACACGGUCGAUGUAACAACAAGCUGCACAGACGUGUGUGGUCCAGGUCAGUGGGGACGUUCAUGUUCCAAGAUAUGUCUUGCAUGGGUGUACCCUAAAGGUUACAAGGACAGAGCUGUUAAGGCAUAUGUAAUACUAGACGAUCAGAGCAAUCGUUCUUUAGCCAAGCCUGAGUUCUUCGAACUUUUUGACAUUAAAAGUGAACCUUUCUCCUACAAUCUUAGAACAUGCUCUGGUGUUGUAGAAACAUGGGGUAAAAUAGCUGAAGGCUUCCAUAUCGAGUCACUGGAUAGGUCAAUAGUUAUCCCUCUACCAUCACUCAUAGAGUGUCAGGACAUUCCUAACAAUAGGAGUGAAAUCCCAACUCCCAGCGCAGUGCUACACCAGCCGCACCUCCGAACCAUAGCAAAGUACAUUCCAGAGCUAGAACCUAAAGCCGAAAUACUCCUGCUACUAGGGAGAGACGUUUUACAGGCACACAAGGUCAGGCAGAGAAUUAACGGCCCCCAUAAUGCCCCCUUCGCCCAGCGCCUAGAUCUAGGGUGGGUCGUAGUUGGGGAGGUCUGUCUGGGCAAUGUUCAUAGGCCUACAGUCAGCACCCUGAAGACAGUCAUUCUGGAAAAUGGCCGCCCUACAGUUUUCAAACCAUGUAACAGCCUCCUGCAACUCAAAGAAAUGCCACACACAAACAGGCCGGGUAAAGCGCCCGAACAAACUCUGGGUCAAACGGUUUUUAACCAGACAGAUAACGACAACAAACCAGCUCACUCAAUACAGGACACUCUCUUUCUGAAAAUGAUGGACAAUGCUAUGUACAGAGACGUGGACAACAGUUGGGUCGCCCCACUUCCAUUUAAGGAACCCCGCCAGCAAUUACCAAACAACAGACAGCAGGCAGCCACAAGGUUCUCCUCCUUAAAACGCACCCUUAAUAGGAAACCUGAAAUGCGGGAGCAUUAUGUGGCCUUCAUGGAAAAAAUCCUCUCCAAUGGUCACGCUGAGGUGGCCCCCCCACUGAAAAAGGGAGAAGAGUGUUGGUAUCUUCCAACAUUUGGAGUCUACCACCCACAAAAACCCAAUCAGAUCAGGGUUGUCUUCGAUUCUAGUGCCCAGUACUUGGGUGUCUCACUUAACAAUGUCCUCCUUACCGGCCCUGAUUUAAACAACACACUUGUCGGAGUUCUUCUCCGCUUCCGGACAGAAAGUGUUGCAAUCAUGGCAGAUAUACAGCAAAUGUUUCACUGUUUUAUGGUACGGGAAGACCACCGCAACUUCCUCCGUUUUCUGUGGCAUAGGGACAAUGACCUAAACAAAGAAGUUGUCGAGUACCGGAUGAAAGUCCACGUGUUUGGCAACUCAACAUCCCCCGCUGUUGCCAUUUAUGGACUACGCAAGGCCAUCAGAGCAGGUUUGAAAGACUAUGGUGCAGAUACAGUAAAGUUCGUGGAGAGGCACUUUUAUGUAGAUGACGGCCUGAUCUCUGUCCCCUCCCCUGCUGAGGCUAUAGACUUGCUUCAAAGAACACAAGCCUCACUCGCUGAAUCCAACCUGCGCCUGCAUAAGUUCAUUUCCAACUCUCAGGCAGUUAUGCAGGCGUUCUGCCCGGAAGAUUCGUCUUCGAUCCCCUGGGCCUAUUGGCACCCGUUACAAUCCAAGGAAGGGCCCUACUCAGAGAGCUUACUUCGGAAUGUUCAGAUUGGGACGUACCCCUUCCAGAGGACAAACAAAGCAGAUGGGAAACGUGGAGAAAUUCCCUUCAGGAUCUAA